CCCAUGGCUCUCUUCACAAGAAUCAGCAGUCAUCCUAACACCACCGACCCCAUUCCCUGUGGGGCAGACAACACUACAGAGUCUGACCUGCCACACUCACAUGCCUACUACGCCCUCUGCUACUGCAUCCUGAUUUUUGCCAUCAUCUUUGGAAACGUGCUGGUCUGCUUAGCCGUGCUGAGGGAGCGCACCUUGCAAACCACAACAAACUACCUUGUGGUGAGCCUGGCGGUCGCGGACUUGCUGGUGGCUACUUUGGUGAUGCCAUGGGUGGUGUACCUGGAGGUGACCGGAGGAGUCUGGACUUUCAGCCGCAUCUUUUGCGAUAUCUUCGUCACCAUGGAUGUAAUGAUGUGCACAGCCAGCAUUUUAAACCUCUGUGCUAUCAGCAUUGACAGAUAUACUGCAGUGGUGAAACCAGUUCAGUACCAGUACAGCACUGGGCAGAGCUCCUGCAGGAGAGUUUCUCUCAUGAUAGUGAUAGUCUGGAUGCUGGCAUUCGCAGUGUCGUGCCCUCUCCUCUUCGGCUUCAAUACUACAGGAGAUCCCAGUGUCUGUUCCAUAUCCAACCCUAUUUUCAUCAUCUACUCCUCUUUGGUGUCCUUCUACCUCCCCUUCAUGGUGACCCUGCUGCUCUAUGUCCGGAUUUACCUCGUGCUAAGACAAAGGCAAAAGAAGCGAACCCUCACCCGGCAGGGCAGCCACAGCGCCAGCACCAAACCGUGUUAUGCACACAAAGAACACAUGGAGAGAAAAGCUUUGCCAAACAGAUGCCAAGGCACCUUUUCCCCCUGUCUCCCACUCAAAUGCUCAGGCCAGGAGAUGUCUACCAAAAGGAAUUUGCUGACUGUCUUCAGCCUGCAGCGGUACCGCAGCUUCUGCCACGAGGCAUCCCUCCCCAAGACACCAGGGACUACACUACACAGCAGGCUGGAAGAGAGGAGAAAGAGUACAAAGCCAGAACUGGAAGUACGGAGGCUCAGCGAUGGCAAAACCAUCAGCUCUUUGAAGCUAGCGCAUCAGCAACCCCGGCUGAUCCAGCUUCGGGAGAGGAAAGCUACACAGAUGCUAGCUAUUGUCCUGGGGACAUUCAUAGUCUGCUGGCUGCCCUUCUUCUUGAUUCACGUCCUCAACACCCACUGCCCGUCCUGCCACGUGCCCCCAGGGCUUUACAGUGCCAGCACUUGGCUUGGCUACGUGAACAGUGCCCUCAACCCCAUCAUCUACACAACCUUCAACACCGACUUCCGCAAAGCCUUCCUCAAGAUCCUCUGCUGCUGACUGUGGGGCUGGCACUGGCCUGCAUGGGUUGCAGUUUGCAGCAGACUCCUGGGCUGGGGACAAGGCAUGGGGCCCUUCCCUCCCUCUGCUUUACAUGCUGUGGGGAUUGAUACACUGCGCUCGGCUCUGAGCGGCUGUGAGUGAGUGGUGGUCGGCCUGAUGUGGUCGUUGCUGACAGCCAGGCACCCUCUGCACCAGAGUGAAGAGCAGGAACAUGCCCCACCUGCGCGGCUGGCUUCCCACACCGAGCCUCAAUGCUCCUGCUUAAGAGAGCCCAAGUGCUUCUCAUUUCUGGGAGGGAGGGGACAAAGUCACAGAGGCAAAUCAGUGGGUCCCUCAGCACUGGGACCAGCAGCACGGAGAGACAGACCUGGGCGUGCAGUGGAAGCUCAGCCACUGCAGCGUGCUGCUCCUGGGAGCUGCCAGGCUCACUGAGCACAUGGGACCCAAGCGGACAGCAUCUCUCCUCUCCCCCGCCUACGUGUUGGGAACGGAUUUGCUCUCCCACUGCUGGAGCCUCAGCCUGCAGAAGGCACCCAGCUCACGCAGAGCAGUCCUAAUAAGAGGGCAGAGCACGACCUCUUUGAUAAGGAUCCCAAUCUCUUGAUCAGGAGCCAAGAGCAAACAUUUGGCAAGGAAACUUGGAAACGGAGCGCUGAUGGAAGAAUGACAACAUCCCUCUUGUCUGCAUCAAAAUGUUUGCCAAUAAAACUGGGUCAGUCUCAGUGCAUGAGAAAAUUGCCCCUGUUGCAAAUGAAACCUUCCCCGGUGCUGCCAGCUUGUAUUUUAUUGCUGCUUACAAGGUAGAGAGAUGGCUACCAUCCCUCUGGUACAUCAGAUUGCAUGAGAAGCGCAACACUAUCACAGUGUCCCCCCUCUUCCAAAUCCAAGGACCACCAAUAGAUUAGCUACUAAACUACCACACACCCAGUCAUCUACUGGGGCCACUAAAUAAUGAACAAGGCCUAGGAUAGCUCCAGUCAUGCCUGCAAUAGAUUCAAACCUGUUUUUUCAGCUGGGGUAGGUUGCAUGCACCUUGUCUCAAAACUUGUUAGUGGUCUCUUUGGAACCAAUCACCCUUUGUGCUCCUCUCCUCAUCAGGAGCACGGCUAGAUUAAGGAUUUGUCCUGUCUGAUUGCUGCGAUAACUCCUGUUACAGCCCACACCUGGGGGAGAGCUGUUUCAGUAACAUCCCUCUGAGUAAGAAAGGACGUGUUCCUCAAGAUCAGACCCAGGGCUCUCCCUGGCUCCCCUUGCUGAUACACCUGUCAGCACACAGGGCGUCUGUACAUCCCAGAUUCCGGGAGCUGGCCAAACAUGGCCCUGCCACGGUCUCAUUUCCCAGCAGUAUCUUACGAUGCCAUCUCCAGUAGUUCCUGGAUGAAAACACCAGACAAGCCCUGCCAUACCAUGUAAGCUGGUCUUACAUCAGGGCACUCUAAUGCUCUUCUCCUUCUAUAGGCAAAUCUGACCUGGGACAAUCUCAACACAUUUCUCUCAUUUCCCCCCCUCACUCUAUUAGAUCUGAGGCCUCAGCUCUCACUCCCAAGACUAGGCUUAGCUGUGCUGUUAGCUGCGCUCAUUUGACAGCUUUGGGCGUUAACUGUGUGUGUUGUCUCCGCCCGUGUCUGCCACAGCUCCUCCAUCCAGGUAGGGCUUCCUCUCUUUCCUAAUAUAAAGCCAAAACCUUUGUCCUCUGCCUCUGGAGCACAUCGCAGAGCUCUAGCUUCUUCUUUUGUUUGUCUGGGUUUUGCGAGGAGAUGCUCAUGGACAGUAUGUGUUGUUUGCCUGGGGAGGUGCCCUCCAUACUGCAUUGUAACUGCAUUAAUCCAA